AUGCACCAUCGGCGGGCGCACACCAAAUCUCGCCACGGGUGUACGACUUGCAAGACCAGGCGGGUAAAGUGUGAUGAGCAACGCCCAAUCUGUGGUAACUGCUCCUCACGAAAUGAGACAUGCGCAUACCCGGGUACAGGGCCCUUCUUUUUCACAGGGAGUCAAGGUCGAAGAUCCCGCAGAGGGGCCUCAUCAAUCGCCUCAUCAGAAGAUCGACAACAAUCAAAUUCCGAAUCUCCAAGUUUUCAUGACUUCAAUCAAUUAGGUAAUUCACCUACAACUGCUUCUUACGCACCUACGCUGGACAUGAAGCAACUGGAGCUUAUUUUGCAAUGGAUCAAUGAAACCCACAAAUUACCCGCACGGAGUGAAGAGACACGAAAAGUCUGGGAGAAAGUCGUACUUCAGGAAGCUUUAACCGCGCCAUACCUCAUGCACGGUAUCUUGGCAAUCUCUGCUUUGCAUCUAUCAUACUUGCGCCGAGAUGAUCGAUAUGAAAUGUGGCUCGACAUAGCCAUAGCACAUAAGAACACCGCCUUGACUAUGUUUUCAGAGCAGCUUCAAAACAUCAGUCAGUCGAACGCAAAAGCCAUGAUGAGUUUCGGCGGUCUGGCAUUUGCGUUUAGCCUGGCGACUGCCCUGAAUCUGGAUACAAAAGAAGACGGCCCUGGACUGAAUUCCCUCACCAAUGUGUUUCAAUUAGCGCGAGGCGUUCAGAUUAUUGUCAAUGCGGCGGGAGACUCACUAAAAGAAGGCGAAUUCGCCCCUCUCUUCGAUAUCACACCUCCUGAUGUUUCGAUCCCAGCUCAUGUUAUCGAUGCGUUGGAUAAACUGGAUCAACUUCAAGCUCAAUGUAGCGAGACGGAUCCUUCAAUUGACUCGGCAACAUAUGCACACGCGAUUCAGCGUAUGCGACGUCUUGUUGCUUUCACAUUUGAUUCGCCAUUGUCCUUAACAAUGGCAGGUGGAUGGGCAAUCUCUUGCAGUCCAGCUUUUCUUGAUGAUCUUAACAUCCGUCGACCUUUGGCGCUAGUGGUGCUGGCUCACUACUGCGUAUUCCUGCAUAUGGGUCGAGGGAACUGGUCUAUUGGUUCCUGGGGAUACAAGGUUUUCCUGGAGAUUACACAAGAGCUAGAACCUCAUUGGCACUCACAUAUUGAAUGGGCAGCACGGCAUAUCAUGAGCUCGGAUCCGUGA